AUGACAACGAUGAAGGAACCGGAUUCACUCGAAUGUCACCACCUCCACGGGGUUCUUGGAUUUUAUCCAGGCAAACUACCCGCGACUGGCCCCGGCCAAUCUCCAGAGAAUGAACAAAACUUAUCCCCUCGAAGAGUCCGACUCACUGAGGCCAAGCCAUGCACCGUAUUUCCACCAGCAGAGAUGGCAUACGGCAAAGCCACAUUUACUUGUCCCGGAAUCGAGCUCGCCUCUUCCAUGGCAGCUCACAAUUCUCCGCUUCAGACAUGGAGUUACCGCUACAAUGUCCAGGAUACCGAUAAUGAGCAAGUCGGCCUCGGAGUGAUCCUGCGAUGGCUUUUCAUCCUCACUUUGAAUCCCAAUACAUAUCGCAAUCCCGCUGCGCCAGAAUGGGAGCUAUGGGUUGCUAGUGAAGAUCAGCGAUUGAAAUUCGAGCUGGAUGCAACG